AUGGCUUCGAAUUCUCGCUGUUGCAUAGACUUGUUGCUGUCUGCCAAUCGUGAUGGCGCACCUCGCGAUUUCUGGGUCGAGACCGAUUCUCUAGCCAACCUAGCCCUCCUGGCAACUCUGCGGCUCCGUGGGCCUGGGCUGAGAAUGGCUGACCGACGAGUCGUGGUUGUGAAGGAUCAUCAUGCAAUGCUGCAUGCCAGUCUGCGGCAGGGUACUUUGUUGACCGUGAUUGGCGAGGUUGGUGAAUCCUUGCACGUGGCGCUUCCAGAGUCGCAUCUUACUGGGUGGAUCAGUUCCGGCUGCUGUCAGGAUCUACCUCCGCCUGGCAGCAGCGCUGGCUGGCAGGCGCCUCCGCAGCUGCUGCGAGCCAAUCUUUUAGAGGCGAAGAUGGCCGGGUGCUCUCAUGCUUUGUUGCGAUCAAUCGUUGACGCAUCUUAUGCAGAGGAUCAAGGAGCAUCGUCCAGUCUCAUCAUGAGCGAACUUCUUCUAGGACUCCAGGUGCGGGAUCCUGUGCAGAUGGAGAACGCGCUGGCGCUGUGGUUGGAGCUGCUAAGCAGCGGCUCGGAAUGGCUCAUUCACGAGUUGCGCAUGGCCAAGCACAAGGUGCAGGCGGUCUUCGGUAGCAACUUCUACGAUGAAAGAGGUGCGGAAGUGGGACACGAAGUUCGCGUCAAGGCUUUCCGGGUCUUGCAAGCGAUCGAAUCAUAUGGGUGUCGUCCAGCUCCGGUUGCAGCGUGCUUGCCGACAGGCAGGCUGGAGCCAUCAGUGGAAAGGGCCGACGACGAGGAUAGCUGGUGCCAGUUCAUGUGA